AUGUCGCAGCAGCCCACGACACGAAUUCGCAAGUUGCGGUAUCGAGCUGGGUUUUGUCCUGGCCGAGAGUGCAUCAACCAUAUCCUUACCCUGAGGCGAGUUCUUGGAGAGCCCAACUCUUUCAAUCAUCCCAUGGUUCACAGAAUUUAUUCGUCGGACGAACGCAACGUAACCAGACAGAUGAUGGAGUACUUUUCCGGUCAUGAGUAUCGUUCCUUCGCGGAAUUCCAGUCCAAGCUGCGAGAAUUCCAACGGGGAACGGGCACGUGUUAUGCCCGCCGGCAUAGUUUGUCGGCGGCUAAGUAUGAACAGAAUGUCGGUAAAGUGCUUCCACCAUCCGGCGGGUAUGCGUUUGUGGUGUACAAAUGUGUACAUGCGCGUUCUCACUGGAAAAUGGUCUAA